GACACUCUUAUUAUUAAGCUUUCAUCCCUUUCUCACCAACCACACAUUACUUACACACAGAGAGAGAAGAAACCCUCCAAACCACAAAAUGGAAGACCCCAUAGCAGCAGGUAGUAAUAAUAAUUUCAUAGCUAUGGCUAAUUGGUUUGCACCAUCUCCUCUUUUCAUCUUUGUAAACCUUGUCAUCGGUACAAUAGCUCUUGUUACUCGCUUCAAUGCUAAACCACCCAAAAAACAAUUCCAACAACAACUUUUCCAACGAGUCAAAUCCUUUAAUCUUAAUCACUACAACCAAAACCAACCAAAAUCUUCCGAGUCAGAUCAAUGCGAGUCCACUCAAUCCCAACUCGUUCAAAAACAAAAACCGUCUCUGUUACAACGAGUCGUAUCCUUCAAACUCAACAAACACGAACCAACUCAACCUAAAAUAAAAACACAUUACGCUCAAGCUGAAUCCGAACAUCCAUGGAUGAAACCGAUUAAAUUGAAACCGGCUAAAUUGAAGCCGGUUUGUGAUGAGGAGGAGGAGAAUAGCAAGGUGGAGAUGAUGAAGAGAUCAGCGAGUGAGAAAGAGUGUUCUAUGACGUUUGACUGGGAGGAGGAAGAAGAUGAAGAAAUGGUUGAGAGAAGGAGGCCGGCGACGGCGAUGGCGAGAAGUGAAACGACGAUGUGUAAAGAAGAUGAAGGUGUAGACUCAAAAGCUGAUGAUUUUAUUAACAUGUUUAAGAAACAAUUGAGGUUGCAGAGGCUUGAUUCUUUUAUCCGCUACAGAAACACCUUGUGAUGAGGAUAUUUGUUCAUUGAUACAGUAGUAUGAUAAAAAAAUUAUAUUUUGAAACAAAAAAAAAAAAAGUUGUCGGUUAUAAUAUAUAAUUAAAGAUAUUAGUGAUUAAAGUUGUGCUACAUGCAAAAAAUCCAAAACGAUAAUGGAUAAAGUAAUAUACAUUUGUAGUUUUGGUCAGAGAA